CUAGUUCCCAUGGUCAAGCCUUUCACGCUCAUGCAGCGGUUGCUUCCUGGACAAGAGAAGAGCCAGCCAGCACGCGGACCCUUAAGCGAAUUCAUGGAGCUGGGCCCGAUCUCCUCAUGGCUCACUGGCGCGUCACAGAUGACGGAGGAGAACAUGGAGCGGGUGGCAUACCCUAAUCAGGAGGUCGAGGGUGACUGGGACACUUAUCCGAAGAAGUUUCUGAAGACGAAAUAUGAAGCCUUCCUUAACCAGCUCGUAUUCUUCUGGAAAGAUGCGAAGGCUUACCGCAACAAAAAGGGCAAUCUCUUGGAGCUCCCCGCCUACCGAACCGGAGGGACUGCGGAACAAAAGGCAUUGCCAAGCUUACAGUGUGCUCUCUCCGUCAGCUACCGCGAGUGGCAUAUUGCUGGGUGGACGAUGAUGUCCAGCGACAACGCAACCUCGACGUGGGAGGGGCGCCAGGCCAAUUUUGUGUGGGGCUACUUGAAUACCGGAGUUGGCGGUUGUGGGCUGUACUCGUUCAAUCAGAUCUCAAAGCACCGCUCCGAUGCUGCUCACUCCGGUGAUGCCAUCAUGCUACGAUUCAAGUUUGGCCUUGAACAUGUUCCUUAA